GCACGCGUCUACAUAGCAACGCGCGAGCGCAUCGGUUCGAUUUUUAUUUACCCAACGCGUUCGCGUUGUUCGUUCGAUCGUCGAUCCCCGGCGUCGAAUGCGUCGAUUCGCGCGGCGAUUUAUCGAGAACACGACGAAAAUAUGAAAUUUUUACCUCGCUAACUAGCGAAUUUGUUCUCCCUCGAUCGAUCGAAGAUCGCGAAUAACGUCGAUAUUACCGAUGCAAAGAUGCACAAAGAGAUCAGUUUCCACUGAACAGGGGUGGAAAGUGUUGCAGUGACCGUGAAGAUUUCUUAUCGAGAGGCUGACACGGCGUAACCAGUCGCUGCACAUAGGAUGAGACGUAAAUCCCAGAACGCGCCUUUUUGCUUCCUGCUGCUAUCGCUGUCGAUCGCCUCGACCUACAUUGUCCCUGUCGUCGGUCAUAAGCACUCGAGGCGACACCGAGACUUCACAGUGGCCGAAAGUUACGAUGCGUCAUCGUCCAAGAUUGACAGCGUUCCGAUGACGAUAUCGCCGGCGAUCGAUCAAUCUCCGCUUCCCGAAGAGCCAUACUUCCCCGAAAUUGAUCCCUGCGCGAAGAAAUAUUGCGGGCCCGGAAAAGAAUGCGAACGUUCACCCAACGGUACCGUGGCCCUGUGUGUCUGUGCACGAAAAUGUCCACGAAGACAUCGACCUGUUUGCGCGAGCAACGGGCAGAUCUACGCUAAUCAUUGCGAGCUGCACAAAGCUGCAUGCAACGCUGGAUCACCGUUGACCAGAAGCAGACUCAUAAGAUGUCUACACCACGAUAUCGAGAACGCGCACGCUCGGAGGACACUGCACGUGAACCGGACGUCGGCCAAGACUGAGGACAUCAUCUCUUAUCCACGAUCCAGGAACAGAAUGAAAGAUGACUUGAAAGAUAACUUGAUCCCGGAGAAGGACGAUUUGGACUCGAAAGAGUGCACGAACCAAGAAUACGAAAUAAUGAAGGAUAAUUUGUUGCUCUACAACCAUGCAAGACUAAUGGCCCAAGACAACCACAGCAAGGAGUACCUUGUCAGUAUAAUGUUUUCACAUUACGAUCGUAAUAACAAUGGGAACCUUGAACGCGAGGAAUUGGAACAGAUCGCGGAGAACGAGGAUUUAAAAGAGUUAUGCAAAGGCUGCAGUCUGGGAUACAUGAUCAGUUACGACGACGCGAACGGAGACGGGAAAUUGAACGUGAAUGAAUUUUACAUGGCGUUCAGCAAACUGUACAGCGUUUCAGUGGUGUCUCUCGACAAGUCUCUCGAAGUGAAUCACAUAUCCGCGAGAGUGGGCGAUAACGUUGAAAUCAAGUGCGAUGUCACCGGCACACCACCACCGCCAUUAGUGUGGCGACGCAAUGAAGCCGAUCUGGAAACUCUGAACGAGCCUGAGAUUCGUGUUUUCAACGACGGCAGUCUCUAUCUGACGAAAGUGCAACUGAUGCACGCUGGGAAUUACACCUGCCACGCGAUCCGAAAUCAAGAUGUCGUUCAAACGCACGUGUUGACAAUAUACACUAUCCCCGAGGUAAUAGUAACGCCGCGGUUACAAUCGAAACGCUUGAAGGAAGAGGCGACCAUAAAGUGUCACGUCGCCGGUGAGCCGCUCCCGCGGGUGGAGUGGCUCAAAAACGACGAACCUUUAAGCCACGACCAACCGGACAAGUACGAUCUCAUUGGAAACGGCACGAAACUGAUCAUCAAAUCGGUCGACUAUGCCGACACAGGCGCCUAUAUGUGUCAAGCUAGCAGCGUCGGUGGUGUCACCAGGGACAUCAGUAGCUUAGUCGUUCAAGAACAACCCACGCCAACAACCGCGAGCGAGGAGCGCAGGUUCUUCUCUUUCCACGAAUGGGGCAUUUUGGUCUACGAGCCAUCCACGUGUCGGCCACGACACGAGAUCCGAUCGACGGACGUUAUUCCUGGGACUCAGGAACACGUCUGCGGAGUCAAGGAUGUACCUUGCUCCUGGGGGCGCGCGAUCAACGUUGCAAACCGGUACGUGUACGUCAGUCAACCGGACAAGGAUCGAGUGCUCGUUAUCAGCAAGAUACAAAUGGUUAUAGUCGACGUGAUACCCACCGAUAAGAAUCCCGUACAACUCUGGUACGUGGUCGCCCUCGAUCAAGUGUGGGUAUUGAAUUGGAGAAACGAGAAGAACAUCGGUGUGAAAACGGUACAAGUGAUCGAGGACGCCGGUCAGAAGAAGAAACACCAAGCUAUACGGCCGGAACCUAUCGACGCCCAGUUCGAUAUAAUCGAGAAUAUUUACAUACCCGAACCACAGGACAUCGAGCACCCGUUCAAGUACGGUUACGUGAGUCACACGAACCAACGUAGCAUGUACAAGCUCGACCUGAAGAACAUGAAAUACACGCGUAUUGCCGAUUUGAGUUCUUACAAUUGUGUUCCAAAGAACGUCCAAUUCUCGGUUCUUUACGGUUUCGUGAUACUCGAAUGCCAGGAACCAGUCACUAAUCGUCCAACGGGUCAAGUAUUGUUGGACUAUCUCACCGACACCGUUCUCGUUCAUAAACCGAAACUGUUCGGACGGCCAACGAUAUCACCCGACUCUAGACACCUCGUCACGUUGGACAAGCAAGACACUGGCGUGACUCUCGUCGUACAGGAGAUAUCACCCGAGGGGUUGAAAUUUGCGUUCGACGUGAAGACAACAUUGAACAUCAGCGACAUUGCACUCUAUCCGUCGCAGACGACGCAUGGUUACGACAUUUACGCGUCAUCUAUCGACAAAGAGGACAUCCUAUUCCUCGAUCUCUCCACCGGUAAAGUGGAAAUGAUAACUGGCGUAGGGAAAGCCACACCGCCAAAUUUCACCAGAUGGGGAAACCCGAACAGACCAAUCGUACAAAGCGGUGUAUUCGGUAAAUACAUGGUCAGUCCUUCGAACGACGCGCUUUUCAUUCUAAACGGAGAAACUCGAACAAUAAAUUGCGAGAUCGGUGGCCUGGUACACCCUGGGGCAGUGGUAUGGUUUACAGUGUCUUUACAUUAACAAUCGAAAUUUUUAACAACGAUAUACAGAACGUCUAGAUAGAUAAUACUAGCAAAGCACUGGAAAAGCGGUGACAACGAACAAACACCGUGCGUCGCCAUAUUGUUUGAUCGAGAAGAUAGAAUAAACGGUUUUCUGUUGUUUAGAUUAGAAGAGGAAACGGUUGAAAGAAAUUUUGAGAAAUAUAUUCUAACACCAUUAUUCGUGGUUAUCGUUAAACCAUUUGAAAAUUUUCCGAGCACCGCUCUUCAAUAAUUAUGGCGUAUUUUUCACACCAUCGAGCGAAAGACUUUGAUCGUUAUAAACGCGAACAUCUGUCACGGAACAUUACCAAUAAGACUUUUUAAUGUACAUACAUACCAAAGAUCGUCUUUUACAUAAAUUUAAUGUAUCUAAUCGUUACCCUAUCGGUGGCCUUAGUUUCCCCUCAAUUUUGCAUAUCCUCCAUCUUUGUAUCUAUAUAUUUCUCCUUUUUCGGAUAAAUUUUCGAUGGCUAUAAACAGUACAACUAAUUUCCCAGACAACGAUCCAGGAUGAUAUUCGUCAUAUCGUAUCCGACACGAACUGUAAAUAUAAAAACACGGUUUCGCUGAUACUUGAGAAACUUGGGGAACCGAAUGUUUUUAUUUACGACAAAGUUGAAAUCCUUUUUAAACGAUGUCGGGUGUCAAUAAUAUAUUGUAGCCAAUCAUUGAUCCGUGAAUUGUAUAUGCUAGCUAAUUAAAUAAUUAGGAAUCGAAUAGUCAUGAACUUACAAAAUCUGAGUGAACAGAAAAAAAAAUAUAGUACAGUAUAGUAACCUCAAAUCGAGGGAAGUUGUUUCAACCGAGAAAUUGAACCAUUCGUCGUUUCGCGGCAAUAACAAUUUUUACAAUAAAACGUUCGAACACGUACGUAUGACGAUAUUAUAAUACAAUUAUCGAACCACAAACAGCACACUGACAUCGGGUAUGAUGAUUAUGUAUUAUAACGCAUGCGUGUUUCAUCUGUGUGUG